AUGGAUUCCGCAAUUGCUCCAGCAGGGUCGGUUGACAACAGUAGCGACAACCCUCACGCCCGAGAUCAGAAGAGGCUGCAGCAACGUGCACGUACGAAAGGCGGCUGGAAUGUCGCCCUCUUCAUUAACUUUGUGGAGAUGGCGGAGCGAUUUGCAUUCUACGGAUUGUCGGGGAACCUAAUCACUUACCUCACGGACCACCUCCACCAUCCCCUCGCCACUGCUGCAAAGAACGUCAAUACAUGGGUUGGCGUCUCCUCCAUUUUCCCGGUGCUGGGCGCUCUGGUAGCCGACUCCUACCUAGGCAGAUUCACCACCAUUCUCAUUGCCUCCGUCGUCUACUUCAUCGGGAUGGUAUUGUUGGCGCUGUCAGUGUCAGUGGGCGUCACAGGGAGGCAGUGUUCUUCACAGCGUUAUAUGUGA